AUGGAGCAACUCCCCGAUAGCCACGAAAAUAUUAUCAAAACCGUCCACCGCUCCCUUCAGGACGGGCAGGAGAAGCUGUACCACGAAACCUCCGCUCAGGCAACUUCCCGGGGAGAGGACCGAAUUAUCCAAGCCACCGAGUCCGCCAUACAGGAGGGUAGUGCCACAAUGGAGGCGAUGUCCAUUUGGAUACGGAGCAACCAAACCGAAGCCGAAGCAGAAAGGCUUUGCCGGGCCACAGUGCUCGACAGACAGGCCUUCAGCCAGAAGAUUUGCGAAUCCUCUCUCAAACACUGGUGCGAGAAGGGAGGCUUCAGAAUCUCUCCAAUUCUGGGGAAUUUUCUUAAAAAUUACAUGAUCGAGCCGGUUACCCUCGACUCCGACUCGGACGACGAUGAAGAGGACGAUGCGUCGGAAGGCGAAGAGAGCGAUGCGCCGGAUAGUGAUGAGAGCGAUGCAUCGGACGAUGACGCCGUCCAAGCAAACAACCAUUUACCCCCUAGGAACGACGACCCUCGGCCAAAUCAUCACAAGAGAGGCACCAUAAAGGGCACAAUACAGUGGGAUGAGGUUGAGGGGGUUAACUUCAUCUUUCCAUACCCCGCGGCAGGCCCAGGUUAUUACAUCGUUCAGUGCGAGGGCCCCCGCCAUACGCAUGUAUUCAAGGAGAACCCGUUGCAGUUGAAAGGGAAAAAAAAGCGCCAGCCCGUCAUGGUCAAGCACUUCGUCAGGAGAUGGCCUAAGCCAAAAUGCCAUGAGAAGGAAGAGGCUUGGACAUACACCACCGACGAAAUUGUCAUGAAAUUUGGUUACCGAGUCGUCGACGACGAGGGCGUGGAUGUCACCGACGAGUGGGUCGAAAGAAGCAACGAGCGUUUGGCUUUGAACGCGGGAAAAGCCUCGAAGAGAGUUCACACCAACAGGAGGCAGAAGGGACCAUCUGCACCACCUGCACCACCCGCACCACCUACACCACCUACACCACCUACACCACCUACACAAGCACCACUGCCAUCUUAUGGGCCUUCAUCGCGCGGGGGGUUACGGCAAAGACAGGUUCCUGCUCGGUCGAGUAGGUCUGGCGCCAGCACUUCGACCACCGAAUUUUGGGGUGCUGGACCUUCCGAGGGCAGAGGAUUCGUGCCUGUGGCUGAUAUGGACUUUGGUGAGCUGUGGAGCGCCCAGGUGCACAUCCCCGGCUACCCCAACUGGGACGAGCCAAGGGGCGGUGAUGAUAUGCCUCCGAUAGACAUCAAUAUCCAGGCCGAGGCCUGCCACGCUCGCCACACUACCUUCGGUGGCACAACACCUUCCACGUCGACCCUCUAUCACUCUGGAGAUGACCGAGGCUCAAAUAACUCUGGGGGUCUCUGUACAAAAAAGAGACAGAAAUAA